AAAAAAAUCCCAAUACCUGUAAAUUAAUUGGUUUACAUGAAAGUUAUAGCAUUUACAAAUGGCAAUAUAUAUACUGGAAUUUUUUUUUUACUGGUAAUGGCGGUGAUCAGUGGCUGGCAUUUUGACACUGGGAGAAACUGACUUGGUGUCACUGACAUCCCCAGUGACACCAAUACAGUGAUCAGUGCUAAUAAAAAGCAUUGACACUGUACUAAUGGCACUGGGCAGAAAGGGGUUAACAUGUGGGGCGAUCAAUGGGUUAACUGUGUGCUGUGUGCUUUUAUACUACUGUAAGCACACUGCUUUGUAUGGCUCUGCUAUGCAGAGCCAUACAAAGCAGUGUGCAGGAGCUGAC